CUCGAUGCUACCGUCCCUGACGAGCUUCUUAACACCGGGUUCAGCUACGCUGCUGCCGUUUUUCACGCGUCCGAUAUCCCCACGGAGCGUCGUGAAGAAAUCUGGAACUUGUGGGAAACCAACAUGCGCACGCUGACAGAGCCGUCGUCAUUCGGAUGGGAUCCGGACGAGAAGAAGGAGGAGCUUUUCCAUGCUGAUGCCAGAUACAUCUUGUUGUGCAGUGGAGAGCAGGGAACGUUGGUUGCGUUCACCACGUUCCGGUUCGACUUCGACGAGGACGUGCCUCAGUUAUACUGUUAUGAGCUUCAGGUAUCUCCGAACUACCGGCGGUGCGGGUUGGGACAGUGGCUCGUGGAAAAGGUGAAGGUCAUCACGAAACAUUAUCGCAUGCAGCAAAUCCUGCUGACGGUAUUGAAAGGUAACACCCGCGCAUACUUGCAGUAA